UGGACAACCCCCACCUUCAUUUUCUCAUAAUAUCCACCUUGCAUUUCACUUUAGCUUCCAUCUUUCACAACCUAGAGCCAAUCAAGAUGCCGGUGCAGUGCGAACAAUGCUCCAAUCGUGUCUUGCCGAACUCGAGCACGGUAAUAUAUCGCUGCGACAAAGAGUUCGCCUCCCCUCUUUUCCUGCCCACCCUUCUACGGAGCAACGAUCUUCCGUCUUCCUCAGAUAUUCUCUCUCUCAAGGCACGCCAAGCUGAGGUCCGCGCCUCGCUUGCUGAACUGGAUGUCGCCAUUGCAAAGCUAGAGGCUGAGCGCACUCGAAUCCAGGAGAUAUCGUCCCAAUACGACACCGUGCUUUCCCCCACCCGCCGUGUUCCCCUCGAGAUCCUCACGGACAUCUUUAUCUAUGCGGUCGAGUCGAACCCCUCAUUUUAUAACACCUUCGACCUAGCGACAGAGCCCUGGUCGUUGAGCCAUGUCUGCCGCACCUGGAGAGUCGCCGCCCUCAAUUUCUGUCCCAGGAUCUGGAAUAGCAUGAGUAUCCACACUCCCAUGCUGGGCGAGAUGGUGAAGAGAGACUAUUCAUCAAUGCUCAGUACGGCGCUAGACCGGGCCAACCACAAGUCCGAAGGCUACGUCUUCCAUCUCUCCGUUUCCGAGAGCACGGAGGCAGACGAGGCAGUCGCGAACGGCGUUCUGGACCUCCUUCUGCAGAGAUCACGCAGUUGGGAAGACGCCCGAUUGUCCAUCCCGCUGACGAUGUUGCCUAUGCUCUCUGCAGCCACCGGCAAGCUAGACACUUUGACAUGCUGCCACAUUUACCUUGCAGACAUCUGGCCGCAGGCUCGUGAUAUGGAGAUUGACUUCUUAUCCGCUGCUCCUAACCUCAAGGAGGUUGUACUCAAAGGGUUUGGAGAGGGUCCACUGCUACGCUUGCAAACAUCCCAGUUGAUGGAGUUUGCUGAUGACAGACAAGUCGGCCGUCAAGACAUCCAGGAUAAUUUCCUCAGUAUCAUCCAAAACGCCCCCAAUCUUGUCAUAUUCGGUACUAACUACAGGAAAGAGGGAGUAAUCCUACCCGUGCAGCCACGAAUCAUCCAUCCCAGGAUACACAGAUUCACUGCCUGCGAAGACGCACUCCUGCAGAGCGUGGAAUUUCCAGGGCUGCGAUCUUUCGAACUUGCUCCCAGUCCAGGAACGUUUACUAGCCCUCGAGAUUCGCUUUCUGGUUUACAUACCCUCAUCGCAAAUUCUCACUGCUCGUUACAACAUCUGAAGAUCACAAACACGUUUCUCGACGAGUUUGUCGUUCCAAUUCUCGAGAUGACCCCGCGACUCAAACAACUGCAGUUCAGUUUGGGCUUCUGGGUCCAAGGUAAUGACAGCGUUAUCAAAGAUAUCGUCUUGCGUAUGGGACAGUCGACGCCUAAUAAGCAGGGCUUGCCGCUGUUCAGUUUUCUACCAACGCUGAGCUUCCUGGGGGUGACGAUAAGUGACAUGAUGAAUGAAGAGAUUGAUUUCGUGGACGACGACUUUGUGGCAAUGAUAAAGGCGAGGCGAGAUCUGUCGCCUAAACGCGUCAGGCUAUCGAAGGUGGCGUUGAAGGCGGUUACUCCCAGUGCGAAGUUCAAGAAGCUGUCAGACGAGGGAAUUCGGGUCUUGAAGGAUUGCAAGGCGAAGGGUGUUGACAUUGAUAUUAAGGCAGCAGCAGCCAGUGGUCAGGGCGACAAGUAUAUCUGUUACGUGUAAUGGGCGGGAGAUAUCAUUAGAGUGACACUUGGUGUAUUCAUAAUAAUUCGUGGUCCUCAGGUUCGUACGCAAUAUUAUUAUAACGAUGUCACUGUC